UCAACAGUGCGAUUCAGACAGGAGAGCUCUACGGAACGGCAAGCUUUUCUCUCUGUGACCCUGCGAAAAGUUCGGUCUGCCAGACUCUCUACUCUCCAACUUGGUAGUAGCAGACGAUCAGGCCCAUUGCGGGGCCCCAGACCGCCGGAAUGAGCUCCUUAAAGCAGUUCAUUCGCAACGUGCGCGCCUCAAAAACCAUUGCUGAUGAGCGGGCGGUUGUGCAGAAAGAGAGUGCGGCCAUCAGGGCAAGCUUCAGAGAAGAGAGCGGGGAUUCGAACGUCAGACGGAAUAAUGUCGCAAAGCUAUUAUACCUAUUCACCCUUGGAGAACGCACGCAUUUCGGUCAAAUAGAAUGUCUCAAGCUUCUUGCAUCACCUCGAUUUGCGGACAAACGAUUAGGAUACCUGGGCACAAUGUUGUUGCUGGACGAGAACCAAGAGGUACUGACUUUAGUCACCAAUUCUCUGAAGAACGACCUCAACCAUUCGAACCAAUAUAUCGUUGGACUGGCCUUAUGCACGCUGGGAAACAUUGCAUCCGUCGAAAUGUCAAGAGAUCUCUUUCCCGAAAUCGAAACCCUCCUCUCAACAGCAAACCCGUAUAUCCGAAGGAAAGCUGCCCUUUGUGCCAUGCGAAUAUGUCGAAAGGUCCCAGAUCUGCAAGAACAUUUUCUCGAAAAAGCUGCUACCCUCCUAUCCGAUCGAAACCAUGGUGUCUUGCUUUGCGGGUUGACGUUGGUUACAAGUCUUUGUGAGGCUGAUGAAGCAGAAGGCGGAGAGGAAGGAAUUGUGGAGAAGUUCAGACCAUUCAGCGGAGGUCUAGUGCGGACAUUGAAAGCGCUUGCCAGCUCUGGAUAUGCGCCAGAACACGAUGUCACUGGCAUCACAGAUCCAUUUCUACAAGUCAAGAUUCUGCAACUGCUGCGAGUUCUCGGCAGGGGAGACGCACAGACUAGCGAGCAGGUCAACGAUAUCCUGGCACAAGUAGCUACAAAUACCGACUCUUCCAAGAAUGUGGGUAACUCGAUUCUAUACGAAGCAGUUCUCACUAUUCUGGAUAUCGAGGCUGACUCCGGCCUCCGCGUACUUGGCGUUAACAUCCUUGGUAAAUUCCUUUCCAACCGAGACAACAACAUUCGGUAUGUUGCUUUGAACACCUUAAUCAAAGUCGUCGCUGUUGAGCCGAAUGCCGUCCAACGGCACCGAAACACCAUUCUGGAAUGUCUUCGAGAUCCUGAUAUUAGUAUCAGGAGACGCGCAUUGGACUUGAGCUUCACUCUUAUCAACGAGAGCAAUGUUCGGCUUCUAAUACGUGAAUUGUUGGCGUUCUUGGAAGUUGCCGACAACGAGUUCAAGCCCAUCAUGACCAGUCAAAUUGGUGUGGCAGCGGACAGAUUCUCUCCCAACAAACGGUGGCACGUCGAUACGAUGUUGCGAGUUCUGACGUUGGCUGGGAACUACGUUAAGGAGCAGAUCUUGUCAUCUUUCAUCCGACUCAUUGCAACCACCCCUGAGUUACAGACAUACGCCGUUCAGAAGUUGUACAUCAACCUCAAGAAAGACAUCACACAAGAAAGCCUGACUCUGGCUGGAGCAUGGUGCAUAGGAGAGUAUGGCGAUGCGCUCUUGCGAGGAGGGCAAUAUGAAGAGGAGGAGCUCGUGCAAGAAGUAAAGGAGAGCGAAGUUGUCGACCUGUUCUCGUCCAUUCUCAACAGCAGUUACGCUACUCAAAUUGCCACUGAAUACAUCAUUACGUCCCUGAUGAAGCUCACCACCCGUUUUACGGACCCAGCGCAAAUCGAUCGGAUCAGGAGAAUUCUUCAGAGCAAUUCUGCAAGUCUUGACGUUGAAGUCCAGCAACGCGCUGUCGAAUACGACAACCUGUUCGGGUACGAUUCAAUCAGACGGGGUGUUUUGGAGAAGAUGCCUCCUCCACAGAUCAAGGAAGAAUCAAGGGUGUUGGGUGAAGCUACAAAGAAGUCUACCAAAGCAUCAAAUCGGAAGUCGAAAAGCGUUAAGCCAGCUGAACAAGAUCUCUUAUUCGACCUCAUGGGUGACGGUGGCAUGCCGGCAGCAGAUCUUGGUACAAACGGAUCCCAGAACAACACGGAUCUCCUUGCCGAUAUCCUUGGUGGAAGUACUUCGUCACCUCCUCCCACCUCUCCUCCCCAACAAUCUAACAUGAGUUCUAUCAUGGAUCUCUUCGAUACAUCUGGCACCACACAGCCAGCUAGAGGUGCCUCUGCCCCUUCUAACGACCUCUUUUCUGGCAUGUCCUCUCCGCCACCACAGCCCGCUGCUCCAGUAAUUCCAACACACCCCUGCUACGACAAGAAUGACCUCAACAUCACCUUACAACUCCAACGUAAUGCUGAAGGAACGGUCCAAGUCAUGGCACGCUUCCGAAAUAAUUCCAUGCACCAGUCAAUUUCCAGUGUUGCCUUACAAGCGGCCGUUCCGAAAACCCAAAAACUCCAACUGAAUGCGAUGUCCAACCCUGAUUUAGCGCCGGGUUCCGAAGCAACCCAAUCUAUGAGAAUCACGGGAAGCAAAGGCCCUCCAUUGCGCUUGCGAUUGAAAAUCUCUUAUGGUCAUCCUUCUGCUGGGCACGUCACAGACCAGGUAGACUGGUCGGAACCGAGAUAAAUAGCGUUGCAUAAUAUGUGGUGAAAAUUAAAGAGCAACAUGAAGCCCUUGCCUAAGAUUCAUUAGUGAUCACUCGAUAUUCAUUCUUGCUUGUGCCGUUAGCCUUGUGUUCGGUGCCGUGGCAAGAGCGGCUGGUUCCAUGGUUGCCCCA